CAGACCAACUGGGGUUAAUUCACACUGAGCAGCACACAGCAGCAGCCUGUGGAUUACACAGUGAUUCUACCUGAGACAGGUUCAGACAAAGAAGACAGACAUGGCCAAGGUUUUCAAGAAGACUAGUGGUAAUGGACAGCUGACCCUUUAUCUGGGAAAGAGAGACUAUGUUGAUCAUGUGGACAAAGUGGACACUGUGGAGGGUGUGGUAAAGAUUGAUCCCACUGACCUUGGCGAUAGGAAAGUGUGGGUCCAGCUGUGCUGUGCAUUCCGUUAUGGUCGUGAUGACCUGGAUGUUAUCGGCCUCUCGUUCAGGAAAGACAUCUGGAUCAACCACAUCCAGCUUUACCCUGAUGCUGGAUACAAACCCACCCUGACAGAGAUGCACAACACCCUGCUGAAGAAAGCAGGAGAGCAGAGCUACGCCUUCACAUUUGAUAUUCCCACUAACCUGCCCUGCUCAGUAACACUUCAGCCUGGACCAGACGAUAAGGGCAAGCCCUGUGGAGUGGACUUUGAGGUGAAGACCUACGUGGCCAAAGCAGCUGAAGACCCAGACGAGAAAAUUGAGAAAAAGGACACUGCUCGUCUCAUCAUUCGUAAGAUCCAAUUUGCUCCUGACAACACUGGAUCUGGACAGAAGGCUGAAAUUUGCAAGAACUUUAUGAUGUCUGACAAACCUGUUGUUCUGGAGACAUCUAUUGAUAAAGAAAUUUAUUACCAUGGAGAAGCCAUCCCUAUCAAAGUAAAGGUCAAGAACGAAUCCAACAAAGUGGUGAAGAAAUUCAAAAUUACUAUUGACCAGACCACAGACGUGAUUCUGUACUCUGCAGAUAAAUACACCAAAACUGUACUAACUGAAGAAUUCUCAGAAACAGUGGAGGCAAACGCGACUUUUGAGAAGACCCUAUCCAUCACCCCCCUGCUUGCCAGUAACAAAGAGCAGCGUGGACUGGCUCUAGAUGGACGGCUUAAGGAGGAGGACACUAACCUGGCCUCCACCACUGUUCUGAGACCUGGGAUGGAUAAGGAAGUGCUGGGAAUUCUGGUGUCAUAUAAAAUCAAAGUUAACUUGAUGGUGUCUGGUGGAGGUCUGUUGGGAGGUCUAACAGCCAGUGAUGUCACAGCAGAGCUGCCUGUAAUUCUUAUGCAUCCCAAACCCACAGAGUGAACCCUCUGCAGGUCUGAUCUGCAGGUCACAGUAGAUCCAUUAUUUAGUUUCCCCCAGCAGAACACAAAACAGAGAGAGCUGAAGAACAGGACGUGUGUUUGACUCUCAGCAAAGGCCCAGAGCAGGGCUUCAGCAAAAUACCUCAAACACACAUGCAUUCAGACAACACACACACACAUACACACACACACACACACACUAGCUUGGAUGCAUAGUUUCAGCAGUGGGUGCCUUCAGUCACUCCGCUAAAGCGAAUUAUAGCUACACUCCUGUGAGAAAGAGUUACACACUGUUCAGUUUAUUGACAUUCAUACAAGUCUAGCUGUGCACACUAAUUUAAUAAUUUAUGAAUUAUUUCAUACUAACAUCAUUUCCAUAUAAUUCAUAUUAAAUCAUGACAGUUUAAAAAAAAAAAGUUACCUGACAGGCAAUCAAUAAUGUAAUCUAAAAUAUUUACUUAUGUGGAAAAAAUAACAGGCCAUUUUAAACAUAAUCGCACACAAAGUGCACAAUUUGAUAAUGUUUAAUAUUUUGUUUUCUUUCCAUGAUAAAUGUUGAUAAAUGAUGAUUUUUUAUUUGUAAUUUUGUCCUGUUUAAUACAAAAAGCUGUAUAUUUUUGGUUCAAACACAUACUACACAUGACAGUCACUAUGGCCAUAGUUUGCACAGAUGCAUUACUUUUCCGCAGGAGUGUUUUACACCCCCUUUAACUUACUAGGCCCAAAAUAAAUCGAAUGGAGUCUGCCUAAAACACACCGUUUUCACAGCAAUGUGACUAGCUUCUUCUCUUAAUUCCCUUGAAUUUAAAUUGUAUAUUUCUCUUUGUUUUUUUCUGAGCACAGUCUAAUUAAUUGUGUUUACUUGAGGAUGUAGAAGAACCCCAUCAGUAAACAGAUUCACUCCAGCAUCAUUUUACAAUUUGUUUUACCACAUUUAGAAUGAUGUCAGAGGAACACAUUGGAAAAAUAAAUGAAAAAUAUUUCAAAAUAAUAAUAAAAAAAUAAAACAAAA